AGAGAGAGAGAGAGAGAGAGAGAGAGAGAGACAGAGAGAGAGAGAGAGAGAGAGAGAGACAGACAGACAGACAGAGAUGGAAAUAACGAAGGUGCUUCACAUGAAUGGUGGAGUUGGGGAAACAAGCUACACUAACAACUCUUCGAUUCAGAGAAAGGUUACAUCGAUGACAGGGCCCAUUGCGGAGGAAGCCAUAACCGCCCUCUACUCAAGCAUCUCACCUAGCCCAUCAACCCUCGCGAUAGCGGAUCUGGGGUGCUCUACAGGCGCGAACGCAUUAUUUGCAGUCUCUGAGCUGAUCAAAGCUGUGGAGAACAUGAGACACAAUAAUAAUGAGCCUCACGCAUACCAGAUCUUCUUAAAUGACCUUCCGGGAAACGACUUCAACACUGUCUUCAGGACACUGCCAAAAUUUCAAAAGGAGAACGGCCGGUGUUUCUUUGCCGGGGUUCCCGGCUCCUUCUAUGACAGACUGUUCCCCAACAAAUUUUUACAUUUUAUUCACUCUUCGUAUAGUCUCCAAUUUCUCUCUCAGGUUCCUGAGGGAAUAGAGUGCAACAAAGGGAACAUAUCCAUGGCGAGCACUAGUCCUCCGAGUGUAAUUGAUGCUUAUCACCGACAGUUUCAGAAUGAUUUCUUGGCAUUCCUAAAGUAUCGUGCACAGGAGCUGGUGCCGGGAGGACGCAUGGUCAUAACGUUCGUGGGCAGACGAGGCAAGGAUCCAUGGAAUCCAGAGUGGGAGCUCCUGGCAGCGGCUUUCAAUGAGAUGGUCUCGGAGGGACUAAUUGAAGAGGAGAAGGUGGACGUGUUCAAUAUCCCACAUUACAAACCCUGCCCUUCAGAUGUGGAGGCAGAGGUAUUGAAAGAAGGGUCUUUCUCCAUCAACCGUCUGGAGGUCUCGGGACUGGAUUGGAUUGCUAUCGAUAAGGAAUUUGGUCAAAGGAGCAACCGUGAGGACGAGGAGGUGGGAGGAUAUGGCACGAUGAGGUGCAUGAGAGCCGUUGCUGAACCCAUGUUGAUCAGCCACUUUGGUGAAGGGAUCAUGGAGGACUUGUUCCAUCGCUACAGGCUUCUGAUCAUCCAACAAAUCGCGAAGGAGAAAACCGAGCUCAUCAAUGUCACUGUCUCGCUCACAAGGAGGCCAGCAUGAGAGAACAAGAAUUGAAGAUUAUGAAUUGCAGCGCUCUAUCGCGAGCCUUUAUAAUGGAACUUUGCUUAUCCGGUACCACCAAUAAAACUCUGUGUGUGUUUUCUUUUGCAUUUUCAGUUGGUUACAAGGGAGAGCCAGAUUAGAAGGUGAAGGGGAAAUUAGGGGGCUCGAAAAUUCUCAGAAAUGAGAAUAAGACUGAGAAUCUCUUAAUCCCAUGAUAAGGGUGAUGUCACUUCAUUAAAUCCCCUUCUAAGUGUUUUUCUUUUCUUUUCCCUUGUUCUUGUUAUAAUUUCUUCUAUGAAAGAUUCCAUUCUCUAGUGUGUUUUUUCUUUUCUUUUCCCUUGCUCUUGUUGUAAUUUCUUCUAUGAAAAAUGGCAGUGUAUUAAUGCACCGGUCGAUUUCCCUGCUUC